GGCACGAAUAAAAAGAAAAAUGUUAAGCCUUUGUUUGCUCAUUAAUUUAACCAGUUAUUUAAUUUGAUCAGUUAGAUGUGGGGUAAAGGAAAUGAAUCCGAUUCCUCAGACCUGCUGCUUUGGCUUUCCUUGAACUAUCUGACAUUUUGAACUUGCUAUAGAGUAUUAUAACUGGUCUAAUCUCUCAUUAGCGAGAUUUCCGGGCUCUGUGGGGUGUUUACAGCUCUUGCAGUGUUAAACCUGACCUGUUGGGAGCUGAAAAAUUGAUGUGGCUCGAGAUAAAUAUUUGAUGUCGGGUAACAUUUUGACGGUUCGAGCCAGAUCAGUGUGACUGAAAGGAAAAGGUCAGCGAUUUCAAAGAAUUAUGUCUCUGGGUUCAGAUUCGUAUUACACUCAUAUUGUUUCAGGACAACAUGAUGAAUUGCAUUUGAAGACACUUCUAUAUAUCAGUGAUGGUUAAAAAUAAUGUCAGCUUGUUUUGAGGGCCAAAUCACACCAAGGUCUUGUUGUAGGAGUUUGUCUAUAAAAAUGAUUAUUAGAUUGAGAACAGUGACCCAUGAAACCUAAUAUUGUACUGAAAUAAUAUCAGAUACACAAACGCACACACACACAUAGUCUGGUCCUCUGUGACAACAUUGCGUUGCCAGAUUGAUGCUAAAUGUGCCAGAAUGGAGCAUACCAUUAGCAUGGGGGUGUUCACUCUCUGAAGUCUCUUUCAACCUUUUAAAAAACAUGAUUCCAGCAAACCAUCUCCUCCCUCCAAUCAUUAUUUCUGUCCUUAAAAUGAUUAAAUCAGUGGCAGAAUGAAUAGUUUCCCUCCUCUUCUUCUUGAUAGUCACGCUUGUUUUAACUUUACCUUCCCCUUCCCACUUGUCUUAUCUUGACCCAUGGCUUAGAGCAGCCAGGUAAGUGUCAGUAAACACACUGCAGCUGAAGCACAGACAGGAUUUAUCAUAAACUUCAUUAUGCAUGCAGUCCGAGAGCUCACAGGUAUGUGAGUCAGAGACUGUCGUCAUUCACUCGGUACAGACAGACUGCACAGAAGUCAAGCCAGAUUAUAGGGAAUAGGGAGAAGAGGAAAAAGGCACAGAUUAAAGGAUUAAAGGAGUGGCGACUAGAAGCAAGGGAGACAUGGAGGUUUGGAGCAGCUCGAGCACAGAGGAGAGCGAGAGAGACAGCACCAUGAGUCAGGAUGAGGAAGAUGAGGGUGAACAGGAGGAGAGUACCAGCGGUCUGUGCAGAGACCUGGUAAAAGUGCUGUGCUCAGAGAGGGUUGGCCAAGUUACAAAGACAUAUCAUGACAUUGAGGCUGUCACUCAUCUUCUGGAGGAGAAAGAACGUGAUCUAGAGCUAGCAGCUCGAAUAGGCCAGUCCCUUCUGAAACAGAACAAGGCCUUGACAGAACGUAACGAGCUGCUGGAUGAACAGCUGGAAGUCGCAAAAGAAGAGCUUGCUCAGCUGCGUCACGAGCUCUCGAUGCGAGACGAUCUUCUGCAGCUGUACGCCAGCACUGAGGAGAUUGAAGCUGCUACAGAAGCACGCUCACCUGUCAGGAGAAACGAGUCCAGCUCUUCUCUCAGCAACCUCGUCCAUUAUGAUUUCCUGCAAAAGAAGCUCAAGAGUCUAGAGGACGAGAAUCUCAAACUGCAUGCUGCGGCCAACGAGUUGACCUUAGAAACCAGCAGCUAUGAAGAGCAGGAACAGCAGCUGAUGAUGGUUUGUGUUGAAGAACUCUCAUCAGCGAAUAAGCAGGUGGUGGCGCUGUCAGAGGAGCUGGCUCGUAAAGUGGAGGACUCUCUUCGGCAGCAGGAGGAGAUUAGCUCUUUGCUAGGUCAGGUGGUCGACUUACAGCAGCGUUGUAAAGCGUUAAUCAGAGAGAAUGAAGAAAUCACUCAGCACCUAAACACUUCACGGGAAAGCCAGUCACAGCUCAAAUCAGAGCUUAAGGACCUUCGAGAGAGGUAUUCAGAGUAUGAAGAAAUGCUGCGGGAAGCCCGAGAGGACAUCAAGAACCUGCGGAAUAAGAGUCUGCCCAACAGCACAGUGCAGCGCUACAGUUCACUGGCUGCUGUGUUCCCCAUGGACUCACUCGCUGCUGAGAUCGAAGGAACCUUCCGCAAAGGCCUGGACAGUCCUGCUCCUUCAGAAUACAGGACCCAUCCAUGGCGUGUGUUUGAGACAGUAAAAGUGGCCAAUCAAGUGUCACGACUGCGCUCUCAGUGCCACUCCCCCGUGGUCCCCAGCUCUAGCCCCGCCUCCUCUCGGUCCAGUCCAAACAGCACACCACGCACUAGCUACUACGGAUCUGACUCCGUCAGCCUCAACCUUGAGGACAAACCUCACCCAACAUCAUUACAAGAGCAAAGCCUUAUAGAAUCAAAGCGACUGGGUCAGCCAGGAAUGCCCGGUGGUCAAGAUCUGGAGGAAGCUCUACGUUCCCUCUCUGCACGCCAGGAGAGCCAUUCUUCUGAUCGGCCGUUCUUUGAUGUAGAACGUGAGAGGAAGCUCAGGGCACUGGGUGGCAGCAGUGCAGAAGGUUCUAGUGGAUUCCUUACACCCAAUGACAGCUUGGAAUCCACAGGAACCAAUUAUUCAGGCAGCUCCCAGCAUUCAUCUGCUACAUCAAGCUCCAGAUCCUACUUGCCAGAACGCCUGCAGAUAGUCAAACCACUGGAGGGCUCAGUCACCCUGCAUCACUGGCAGCAGCUGGCUACACCUAACCUCGGGGGCAUUCUUCAUCCACGGCCAGGCAUCCUCACCAAAGAUUUCAGGGAACUGGAUGUAGAUAUUCAGCAAGUUUAUAGCCUCAAUGACCUUGAGGAGGAUGAACCUAACUGGUCCAAAGUCCCUAACCAAAGUCAGGUGCCUAUUGUCACUUCAUCAGGAUCCAACUCCCCCCACACCUGCCCCACCCACACCAUCACCAACUCUCAGAUCCUCCAGCCCUCUGUCCUGCUGUCCUCCAUAUCCACUAGCUUUCAGCCUCAUAACCUGUCCACCUCUGGGAGCAAUGAGCAUGUAAGGACCUUACUAGAUCACCAGCAUGGUUUCUUCCAUAAACCUGCUACGAACAUGUCGCCCAACUUAGGUCUUAUUCAGCUGCUUCAAGAGCGAGGUAUCUCAGCUUCCACUAAGCCCAGCCUGCCUCCUAUCCUUAGACCCUCAACCAGCACUUUAGCAGCUUUAAACGAGAAGGAAACAGAUCUGAGACGUAAAGGAGAGAAACAGCCGAGGAGGAAUAUUUUUAGCUUCAACCUAAUGGACAAGCUUCAGAGUCUCGGUCUUCAUAAAGUGAUAGCCAGAGGAUUCAUAGACUCAGGAAAGAAGGAAGAAGAUCCACACAAUCCUCCUCUAACAAAACACUGAACACU